CGUUGGUACAUGUUUCUGCUUCACCUGGAGUGUUCAGUGCUCUCCACUUCCUAGUUGUUAAAGUCUAAAUAUUUAUUAUUUGGAUUAGUGUCGUUAAGGUGGCGCCCGGUAAACAAAUUGUUUCUGCCAAUGAACAAAUAACGUGGUCCAAUUUGAACAAUUACGUGCAGCCAAUCAGCAUCGUUGUAUAUAGUAUAUAUAUACUACACUCAAUAUCACAUAUAUAUGAACGGAGACAUAAGGGAGCAUAUGAAAAUCAAGUAAUUGAUUCAGUAAUUGCGGCAAUAACAAUGCAUGUUUCGAAAGCUAUUUUGAUUGGUUCGGAAAUAGAAUGGAUUCAAUAUGGUUAACAAGGUCAACGUACUUGUUUAUGUUUUGAUAAGAACGCAUGAGAAUUUCCCGUGUAAAAGUUGUGUAACAGCAGAGAGAACUGCAUCGGUAGUGAAAGUACGGUAUGAGGUAAACAUGUGCCAGUGCCGUUUCUAAAGAUGGAAAUUGAUAAUUGCGAUGUGCCUGAAGUUGAUACCGACGAUGAUCUAAAUGUCAGCAAAAGGUUACUCAGAAAACAGCAAGUGAAACAACUGUGUGCCAAAGAUGAAAGAAACGCCACCAUCAAGAAGGUAUCUUUGGUCUUGCAAAAGCCUGAGCUGGAUCGCACAAAUGAGGAUAUUGAACUGCUCACGGAGUAUAAUGAGAUAGUGAAAGAGGUGCAAGCCAGGUGGAAAAAACGCGAUGCGGCAAAACGGCGAUUAGAGGAGUUCGAAGAGCCUGUAGAGCAGUUACGAGACAAGUGCAACAUUCUGGCGCAGGCCAUAGCCCAAUCGCAACAUCUGGUUGUAUAUACUGGAGCUGGAAUUAGCACGGCAGCGCGGAUACCGGAUUACCGAGGCACGAACGGUAUUUGGACUAGGUUGCAACAGGGAAAAGAUAUAGGAAAUCAUGAUCUAAGUUUAGCGGAACCUACUUACACGCACAUGGCACUAUCAGAGUUAUACAGAAGGAAAAUACUUAAGUACGUCGUCUCGCAAAACUGCGAUGGACUGCAUCUGCGAUCUGGUCUACCGAGAACUGCGAUUUCCGAAGUGCAUGGGAAUAUGUACAUUGAGGUUUGCAAGUCGUGCAAACCGUUCCGAGAAUAUUGGCGACUAUUCGACGUCACUGAGAAUACGGCUCGAUAUUCUCACAAGACUAUGAGGAAGUGUUACGUGUGUAAUGGACCUUUAGUAGAUACUAUAGUUCAUUUCGGUGAACGCGGUAGCUUACCGUGGCCGUUGAAUUGGUCCGGUGCAAGUAAGAAUGCUCGUAAAGCUACAACAAUUUUGUGUUUGGGAUCUAGUCUUAAAGUACUGAAGAAAUAUCCGUGGCUAUGGCAGAUGCACAAACCACAGAAGAGGAGGCCUAAUCUGUAUAUUGUGAAUCUGCAAUGGACACCUAAAGACGAUGCAGCGAAUGCCAAGAUCCACGGAAAAUGCGAUAUCGUCAUGGAGAUUGUUAUGGACUUGUUAGGCAUUCCUGUGCCUAAAUAUGACCGUGACAAGGACCCAAUCUUCGUGCACGGUACUAUUUUAAGUGAACCUGAGCUGCACACCACGACUCAACCGCUGCUGAAAUACUGCAAACUCGAGAAGGUAGAAGUGAAGGAGGAGGAAAUUACCGACGAUCAACCAAUAGACUACUGCACGAAUAAAGAUCUCAAAUCUAGUAUAGACUUGAAAAAACCCGAUGGUGAAAACUGUGAUAAACUCUUAAGCAAUAUUUAUAGUAUUACCGGCAAAGCACCGAUUCCUUUAGGUCUUCCAAAUACUCAGACUAUGAUACCUCACUCGAAUGCUAGUGUUUUUUCAAUCGACGACAUUCUGAAACGGACGGACACCGAAAAUCUGUUACAGAAUAAUCUCUUGUUGAAGCAGAAUUGCCAGGCUCUUCUAACUUAUUACCAAAUCUCCAACACGAUUCUACAAAACCCAGUGUUUGCGUACCGGGACAUGCUUACCUAUCCAAUACAGAGUAGUCUAUUAUAUUCUGGUCUCCAUAGUAUUAUUAACCCUUUGCCCUACAUCACAGAAGAACACAACUAUUCAAGCACAUCGGAUAAGGACGAUGCGAAAGAAAGAGAGACAGCCAAAUGCGAAUUCUGUUAUAAACAUUACAAAUCCACAGAUUGCGUUUUCUACAACAAAACUGAACCUGUAUUCGCGAAACAAGAGCUUCGUUUCAGUAAAAUGGAUAAUGUAGAUAAACCGCUUUACUGUACGUGCUGUGAUUACACCACCGAGGAGGAUGAAGAUAAUGACGAAGAUGUUUCGCCAGACAAAAUUAGUAAGAUUAGUGAUGAAUCUAGUGAACAAAAAUCUAAAGUCCAGCCAGGUUGGUUUGGCAAAGGUUAUAGGAAACUCAAGAAAUACAAGAAGCGAAUUUCAAGUUAGAGUUUAAGAACUAUUUUUUGUUUACAGUAUUAUUUUUCUUGCAUGUUAUUGUUAAUUUAAGUAUUAUUUAUGUACACAAUUAUCCUUAAUUUCUGUAAAUUAUUGUGCAUUUAAUAUAAGAACAUCUCCCAUCUUCCCAGUGAUCCAAAUCAUCUUCGUACUGACUAUCAUUUUGUGAUUAAUUGUUGAAAGAAAACAAAAUAUAU